UACUGCAUUAGAACUAUAAGGUCAAUUGAGGUCAGAUUUUGCGAUCAUGGAUCGGAUCAACAUCGACAAGGCCAGAGAAUUAAAGUUCUCCUGCCACAGUGACAAUGCUUGAGGUAGAAGUAUAGCAGACAAGGGAACAGCUUGCUGGCCCAUCUGAACAGAAACCUUUAACUUCCUGGGACGUGUGGUACUCAAACUACUCUUUCUAUCCUCAGACUGUCUACAGUCUGAAAAAAAACUUGCUCUUUUGCCGUUUCCGUCACCAUGAUCAGCUGACCAAAGUGUUCUAAGUAUUUCUCUGAACAUCUGGGAUCACUCAGUGCCAGCCUAGCCUCAACAUGAAAGGCUGGCUGUGUAUAGUACCUGUAUGCCACCUGUGGUUAGUGCUCAUAUUAUGCCCUCAAGGGACGCUUACAAAGCAAACACUGACCAGUCACGAGUAUUCAGCAGAGGAACAAUUGCCAUCUCCGUGUGACAUCUUCAAUGAGACAGACGUAGCUCCUGAUGUUCAGAUUGAUUUUACCACCCAGUCUGUUAGUAAUGAAUAUAUUGUGGUUUUCAAGAGGUAUUACUUUGAGCAGACAAGACUGAAUUACAUAUCAGCAGCACUCAGAAACAGUCCGCCAUUCUCCUGGAAUGUUGUUUCUCGCUCCAAUCCUGCCGCCAAAUAUCCCAGUGACUUUGAAGUUGUCAGGAUAACGGCAGGAGAAGAGGACAGUGUAGCAUCUUUAGAGCAUCAUCCGUCUAUUAAGCAGGUUACUCAUCAGAGACAGAUUACUCGCUCCAUUAAGUCAAUGCCAGAGGAUGAACAGCUUCAAGAUGAGGAUGAAGAUGAAGGAGAUAUGUGCAAUAGUGCCGUCGAUCCUCUGUGUUGGGCUCCCAAAUGGAAAUCCUCCAGGUCAAUGAGACGGGCCAGUCUAGGCUUGGGCUCAUCCUUUUGGGAGACAGGACGCCAUGCCGGCAGAAAGUUACUCCGUGCCUUACCAAGAGAGAUUACUGAUAUCCUGCAGGCUAAUGUGCUUUGGGAUUUGGGGUUCACAGGAGCUGGGGUCAACAUUGCCGUCUUUGAUACCGGCCUGAAGGAAAAACACCCCCAUUUCCGGAAUGUGAAGGAGCGCACUGACUGGACCAAUGAGAAGAAACUGCAUGAUGGACUGGGUCAUGGCACUUUUGUGGCGGGGGUGAUCAGCAGCACCUCUGAGUGUAAGGGUUUUGCCCCCGAUGCUAACCUGUUCAUCUUUAGGGUAUUUACAAACAACCAGGUUUCUUACACAUCCUGGUUCCUUGACGCCUUCAACUAUGCCAUCCUUAAGAAAAUCAAUGUGUUGAAUCUCAGUAUCGGGGGACCAGACUUUAUGGACCAUCCUUUUGUUGACAAGGUGUGGGAGUUAACAGCCAACAAAGUGAUCAUGGUGUCAGCCAUAGGAAACGAUGGACCACUCUAUGGGACAUUGAACAAUCCCGCUGAUCAGAUGGAUGUGAUCGGUGUUGGAGGCAUCAACUUUGAAGACAACAUCGCCAAGUUUUCAUCGCGAGGCAUGACAACUUGGGAGCUACCCAUGGGCUACGGCAGAUUGAAGCCGGACAUUGUGACGUAUGGUUCCACUGUGCGUGGGUCUAGUCUAAGCGGUGGCUGUAGGACUCUCUCAGGGACGUCUGUUGCUUCCCCUGUUGUAGCAGGUGCUGUGGCAUUAUUGGCAAGUUCUGUCUGGGAUCGUCAGGAGAUGUUGAACCCAGCCAGUAUGAAGCAAGCCCUCAUGGCCUCAGCUAGGCGCCUACCAGACGUUAACAUGUUUGAGCAAGGACAUGGGAAACUAGACCUAGUCAGGGCCUACCAGGUGCUCAGUACCUAUAACCCACAGGCAAGCCUGAGUCCCAACUACAUUGAUCUGACCGAGUGUCCGUAUUUCUGGCCCUACUGCACACAGCCUAUCUACCAUGGAGCUAUGCCUACCAUUGUCAAUAUCACCAUACUGAAUGGCAUGGGUGUAACAGGACGAGUCAUUGAGAAACCAGUGUGGCAGCCAUUCACGCCACAGAACGGAGACAAAAUUGAGGUUGCUAUGUCCUAUUCCAGCAUUCUGUGGCCAUGGUCUGGUUUCCUGGCCGUUUCUCUCACCGUCUCCAGCAGUGCAGCAUCAUGGGAGGGCAUCGCACAGGGUCAAAUUACACUCACGGUGGAGUCGCCACCAGAGAGUGGAGAGGAUCAACCACGGCAGUCAGUUCUCAAGCUACCUGUCAAGGUCCACAUAGUCCCGACACCGCAACGUAACAAACGCGUCCUAUGGGAUCAGUAUCAUAACCUACGCUACCCACCGGGGUACUUCCCACGUGAUAAUCUACGCAUGAAGACCGAUCCUUUAGAUUGGAAUGGUGACCACAUCCACACCAACUUCAAAGCCAUGUAUCAACACUUGAGGGAAGCUGGAUUCUUUGUGGAAGUUUUGGGAGCACCGUUCACCUGCUUCGAUGCUAAACAAUAUGGAACUCUCCUUAUUGUUGACCCAGAGGAAGAGUUUUACCCUGAGGAGGUGUCCAAGUUGAAGCGUGAUGUUGAUCAGGGCCUGUCUGUCAUCGUCUUUGCUGACUGGUACAAUGUCACUGUCAUGAAGAAGGUGAAAUUCUACGAUGAGAACACAAGGCAAUGGUGGAUGCCGGAUACCGGUGGCAGCAACAUCCCGGCUCUCAAUGAUCUCCUGGCGCCAUUUGGCAUGGCGUAUGGCGACGGCGUCUACGAAGGAGACUUCCACCUAAAUGAUCAUAAAGCUUCAUUUCUGUCAGGCAGCAGUAUCGUCAAGUUCCCGUCAGGAGGUCUUCUUAUUCACCAGACCUUGAAAGACCAAGGCCAAGACGUUAUCCACGGCAAAGGAGACCUGGUCAAUGGUGUACCCAUCUUGGGGAUGUAUCAGCAUAGUCUGGAGUCUGGCCGCAUUGUCCUUUAUGGAGACUCCAACUGCCUGGACAGCAGUCACAUGAAGACCGAUUGUUUCUGGCUGUUGGAAGCCUUGAUGCAGUACACGGCCUAUGACAACUUGGCGCCCAUGUUCGGCCAAACCAAGCAUAUCUCACUGCCCCCAGCUGUUGCCUUGCCUACUAGAAUGGAAGGCAACCACCUGUAUCGCUAUUCCAAGGUAUUGGAUCCUCAUCAGCUAGGGGAUCCCAAACCACGCCCCCUUCCUGCCUGCCCUCAUCUUGCAUGGGCCAAAGGAGAACCUCUCAACAUAUCAGCUCCAAGCAAUCUCUUUAAACACCAGAAGCUCCUCUCCAUCCUAGAGGGAGUCCCACCCCCGGCUGUGGUUGCCGGGGCCAACAUGAGACGGGAUGAGCCUAAUGUCCCCGGUCUUCAGGAGGAUGUCCACUGGGAUCCCCGCAACUCGGGCAACAUGGUGGUCUCUGACAACUGGAGCACUGUCACCCUUCUGGCCUUCGUCUCAGGUUUCCUAGUGCUCGGGUUCUUUGUCAACCUCCUGUACCGAAGCCGACGAAAACGGAAACAGGCUGUCACGUGGCGCAAGAAACCCACGAGACUUAUACGCAGGACCAAAUAUACAAGAGUUCCCGCUGUAUAGCAUUGGCAGUAGUGCCGUGUGUAUAUAAAUUUGUAAGAUACGGUAUUUUGUAUUAUGAUUUAUUUGUAUGUUGUGUCGAGACAUUUGGUGCCAUUUCGCAGUAUCAGCACCCUUUGUGAACUAGUCCAACUGAAUGUGCACUCAGUGUCAUUUCAGUGUACUGCCUGUGUCAGUACUUAUUGAACGUGCACUCAGUGUGUGCUCUGUGCUCUGUGCAUUCACUCAAAGUCAACUCAGUGCACAAUCAUUGCAUACUGAGUAUGGACCCAAUGACCACUCAGUGUUCAUGCACUGAAUACUCAGUGUGCACUCUGUGCUCUGUGCGUGCACUCAAAGUCAACUCAGUCUACAAUCAUUGCAUACUGAGUAUGGACCCAAUGACCACUCAGUGUACAUUCACUGAAUACUCAGUGUGCACUCUGUACUCUGUGCAUACACUCAAAUUCAACUCAGCGUACAAUCACAGCAUACUGAGUAUGAACCAAAUGACCACUCAGUGUACAUUCACUGAAUACUCAGUGUGCACUCAGUGCAUGCACUCAAAGUCAACUCAGUGUACAAUCACAGCAUACUGAGUAUGGACCCAAUGACCACUCAGUGUACAUUCACUGAAUACUCAGUGUGCACUCUGUACUCUGUGCAUGCACUCAAAGUUAACUCAGCGCACAAUCAUUGCAUACUGAGUAUGGACCCAAUGACCACUCAGUGUACAUUCACUGAAUACUCAGUGUGCACUCUGUACUCUGUGCAUGC